CAUCUGUCAGGGAGAGUAAUGAAUAUUUAUUUGCAUCCAUUUUUUAUGAUAAAAAUAUACACUACGGCGUUUUUUUUGUAACAAUAAAUCAUCUCUUGAUAAUAUAAAGGGAUAUAAAUAAUGAUAUUUAUGGAGGUUAGAAAAUCUACUGUAUGAUUCCACGUGUUUUUCUAACCUUCAAAAAUGUCACUUUUGACGUCUCACUUUUUAUACCAUCGACCGAAAAUGUUUAUUCCUCAAACAUUUGUGUUUUUACGGAAAAAAAGAAGAAAAAUAUUUUGAUCAAAAUUUAAAUAAAACAAGUGUUAACAUUUAAAUUAUUUGCAAAAUGGAUGACAAAGUGGUGAUCGAAGAUAUUUAUCAACCUGCUUUAAAAGAUGUAUUAUUAAAUGAAUUCGAAAUAGAAGAAUUACAGAAAGAGAAAGAGUUGGUGUACAAUUUCACGAACAUACAUUAUUUGGAGUUGAAGAAAUGGCCAAUCUUUAAUUUAUUAAGUUUGGACUUUAUUAAGCAAAUUUAUAUGGUUCUAAUAAUUGAUGAAAAUGGAGCUAUUAUUGCGACCAGAGAUGGAUUGGUACAUGCCUUGGGUAAUAAUAACAAUGGAAAAUUAGGAAUAGUUAAUAUACGUAAUAUUCUGCAGCCAAUACAAAUAGAUAUAUUCUAUAAAGAAACUAUAGACAAGUUUGUCUGUUGCUUGGAACGAGGUCGUACUGCACUUCUGGCAAAUGGAAAGGUAUAUUUCUGGGGUACCAAUGAAGUCCUGUCAUCUGAUACAUUGUACACAUUUUAUCAAAUCACUGACUUGAAAAACAACUAUAUUAAAGAUCUAGUGUGUGGUAUGAAAUAUUUUCUUUUUCUCACUAUAAGUGGAAAGGUAUAUUUCUGGGGAGUAGAGACUUGGAAAAUAAACCUUAAAGAUAUUGAAAGAGAUGUACAUAAUAAUGAACAUGAUUCAACAAAAGAUGACACAAGCAACACGGAUUUGUUUUACAAGAUAAAUUUUAAUGGAAAUAAAGUUGUAUUUAUUGCUUGUGGUGCACAUUUUAAUGUUGCAAUCACUGAUGAGGAUCAGGUAUAUAGCUGGGGCAGUAAUAUAUAUGGCCAAUUGGGCAUUGAUGAAGUACCUCAUGUAAGCAGAUUAAAAACAUUAAACAGCAUUUACAAAUCGACUCCGCAUGAAAUCACUACGCUCUCCAAAAAAAAUAUAGUUAAGAUAGUCUGCGGAAGCGCGCAUUCAUUGGCACUUACGAAGAAAGGACAACUCUAUGUUUGGGGUGGAAAUCAUUACAAACAAUCGGGUACAAUCAAAUAUGAUGUUAAACUAUUGUGCUGCCCUGUUAUGUUGGAAAUGGAAGUAAAGAUAUUGGACAUCGCGGCAAAUUACUUACAUCAUACAAGCGUCGCUCUCGGUAGUGAUGAACGUAUCUAUAUAUGGGGCUAUUGGAAUAAUGAGGAGAUAAAUACUCCGACUAUCACCCAGUUCUUGAACAUGUACGAUAUAUUCCUACAUAAAGUACCAUACAUGAUUUACAAUAUCAUGCCUGUGAAUAAAUAUGAACGCAAAUGUGAUGCAUUCAAAAUAUUGGGAUGCAUUCAAGAUGCGUUCAAUUCUGAUGAGAAGACUGAUCUCAUAAUACAAGUAGAAAAGCAAUCUAUUUAUGUACAUAAAGCUAUUCUGGUUAUCCGCAGUACAUAUUUCAGAUAUAUGUUCCAACAUGAUUGGGCAGAUAAGAAUAUCAGAGAGGAACAAGCGCAAUAUAAUUUCACGAGACAACAUCCUUUUGAAUUGAAGAGAUGGCCAAUGCUUAAUUUAUUGGAUUCGAACUUUAUAAUGGAUAUAUAUAAAAUUAUGAUAUUUGGUGAACACGGUGAGGCAUUUAUAAUCGCGAUGAGAAACAACAUGGUAUAUGCUUUGGGCACUAAUGACAAUGAGCGAUUAGGAUUUGAGAAUGUGGAAAAUGUCACAAAUAAAAUACUAUAUCCUGAAAAAAUAAAAAUGUUGAGUGGAUAUCCUAUAAAGAAAUUUUGUUGUUGUUUGGAAGUAUGUAAUGCUGCACUUCUAAAUGGAAAGGUAUAUUUCUGGGGUACAAGUACAUUUCAAUCUGUACAUAAAACACCUUUUGAACUUGAUGAGUUGCGUGACAAAGAAAUUAUAGAUGUUGCAUGUAGUGCUACAUAUUUUCUUUUUCUCACUGCAGAUAAAAAUCUGUGUAUUUGGGGAAAGCACUCUUACAAUGUAAAUGUAAAUGAACAUCAUUUAACAGAAGAUCACAUACACAUCACGAAUAAGUUUGAAAUAAUAUUAGACGCUUUGAGUGAAAAGAGAAUUUCACAUAUUGCUUGUGGUUCAAAUUUUAGUAUUGUUAUCACUUAUGCAAGUAAGGUAUAUAGUUGGGGCAACAAUGAAUAUGGACAAUUGGGACAUACUGUUGAAAAUCCUCUACACAAAAUAAAUAAACAAUGCAAUAAAGUCUGUUAUUCUCCAGUGGAAAUUACUACAUUCUCAGAUAAAAUAAUAACUCGAGUAGUCUGCGGUAAAGAGCAUACAUUGGCGCUUUCGAAUGAAGGAAAACUUUACACCUGGGGUAGAAAUAAUUAUGGACAAUUGGGUAUAGGCAACGAAAAGGAUUCCCCUUGUCCUAAUUUGUUGUCAAUGAAAGAGAAGAUAUUGGACGUCGCAGCAGUAUAUACAAGUGACAUAAGUGUCGCUCUCGGUUGUGAUAACCAUGUCUAUGUAUGGGGUUGCUGUUUUGGUGAGAAAAUUGCAACUCCGAUUAUCACAUCAUUUUCUAAUAUAUACGAUGUAUUCACAUACAAUGUGCCGUUCAUAACUAAUGAUUGUGAUUUCGACCACGUAAAUAUGCCCAUACGUGUAAAUAAAACGUCGAACAGGAUAUUGCAAUGCAUACAAGCUGCGUUCAAUGAUUCCAAGACGAGUGAUCUCGUAAUAAAAGUAAAUGAAAAAUCUAUUUAUGUACAUAAAACGAUCCUGAUGUUGCGCAGUAAAUUUUAUGAAAUCAUGUUCACUAAAGUGGCAGAAAAAAAUCUAAGUGUAAUCGAGGAUAAUCAAUUUUCUUAUGUUGUGUAUAAAGCUUAUCUGGAAUAUUUAUAUACUGCAACAAUCAAAUUAUCUACUAUCGAAGACGUUUUAGAGUUGUUGACUUUAGCUAAUACAAACAACGAGAUUAUACUAAAAUAUCAAUGUAGUGAGAUGAUAAUAGAAUCAGGAAUCACCACAUUGAAUGUCAUUUUUAUCUAUAAUUUAGCACUUCAAUGUAAUAUGAAAGAUUUGGAGGAAUAUUGCUUCCAGUUCAUAUUGAAGGAUACAACAACUAUAUUAAGCAAAUUUUUUAACAGAUUGGAUGAUAAUACACAACUCUAUUUGAUAAAUAAAAUGGCUAUGGCUAAGGCUUUUAAAACGAUUGUGAAAGCCUAUUCGGAGCAACUUGUAUAAUGUAUAUAUGCACAAAGAUAUCGACAAGCUAUAUGCUUAAUGUAAAAAAAUGUUACCGCCACAAUGUUUAAAAUAAUACAUGUUACAAGUUGAUAUUGAAAAAAAGAGCAUCAUUACACACAAAUUAUGUUUUCUACAUUUGAUGCAUAAUUUAUUGAUUUAAUAUUUAUAUCAUAUUAUUCUUCCACCAUGAUUUAUAUAUAGAAUCUAUCUGAAUAAGUUUUAAGUUUUUGAUAUAUUAAUG